CCAGUUUUGGACAAGCGGUACUCGGGCACUGGGCUGCACCAGGCAAGUCGCUUUUGGCUAUGCGGACAGGUUAGGUUUGUUGAUUAUUCUGACCAAGGCGGACUGGGUUCAUUCGUGCAAGUAGGUUGUGGAUUAGAAAGUAGUGAGGAGCCAGUCAGUGCGGAACACUUGACCCUGGACAGCAGCGGCCAAACUAAAUUUGAGCCAACAUAGUCUUGCCAGUUGACUGUGCAUGAGAAAUUCUAUUUUGUUGACUUCUGGAGGAAUUCAGUGGUUUGAUUCAAGCAACACUUCCGUCGCUUUUAGUAAAGAUUGGACUGACCUGUCGAAACGGACCUACGGACCUGUUUUCCAGUACCGGCGUGAUCUCUUCCCGUUUGCUGCUGCUUAUUGGUGUUUUUACCCGGAGUACUGUUCCAUCGUGGUUCCCCUGGAUCAAUUUUCCAGUUGUGUUGUGUCGGUCAAGGAAGUAUCAUACCUUGCUUGCAUGGUGUGCUGCUUAUAAGUUACCGAGGCCGAGGGCGCUUGGGCGCUCCUCCUGGCUUUGUGGCCGCCUGUGGCUUUCAUGUGGACAAGCAUAACCAUUAGUGGAAGUGGUUUGAGGCAGUCCCAUGCCGAACGAUGGAGAUGGCCCUUCUCUUCUCGGGCAGACGUUGGGACGGUGGUGGAGAGCAGCGUCAUGACACGCCCUGCAAGGUCACGGCAGCCUGUCUGCUGAUCUCUCUCAUCUGUCUAGUGUGCCCUGCUCAACCUGCAUCCUUACCAGAAGUGACAGAAUGUGAUGGCUCGCUAUAUGCGUUAUCCAACUCCACAUCAACGUACUUGUCAGCACGUCAAGAUUGCUUGACUCGUGAGGGCAGCUGGUCACUGGCCAUAGUACCCACUGGCGUGCAGCAGUCCUGCUUACACCGCCUUUCCACCGGUAGAACCAUCUGGCUGGGCCUGAAGACCAUGAACUCUCGCUCCAUAUGGGAAGGUGACACGGCGCUGUUGCUUAGCAACUAUGUGACCAGUCAGCGGCCCAGCAACCAUUGCACUGUGCUGAACACUAGCUAUGCGCUGACCGAGCCAAACUGGAUCGUCAGUGCGUGCUCAGAAAGACAUUCAUUUUUCUGUCAGCGGCCAGCAUCCACUGCACAGGAUAAGAGCAGUCAGUUUGACCUAUCCAAUGCGUACUCGGUGGUGCUGGUCUGCGGCUCGGCGUUCUUCCUGUUGCUCUGCCUGGUUCUGUGCGCCUGGCUGUGCCUGAUCAAGUCACGUACGGCCGUCAUGUCUCCGCAGGGCCCGCGCCAUGAGAGAAUGCCAUCGACUGUGCUAGAGGACCUAGCUGUUCCUCAGAAGACAGGCGGUGUAUCAGUGGUGGUACGAAAGCAGACAGUAGCAGAACAGUGGUCGGAGCCAAAGUCAUCGUCAGAUAGCAGCCCCAAGGAGCAAGACGACCCACCAGCAGAGCCCAGUGAAGAUGCUGAAUAUGUAAUGGGUGAUUGGGAGGAAACACCAUUCUACCGCCAUCAGAGCCAGACAAGUGAGAAUAGCAGUCCUCAAAAAGACAGGACGGCUCGCACCCGGUCUGUAGAUAAUCCUCCAAAGUCCAUUCCAAACACUUACGACAACCUGAGUCCAACAGUUGGUUCUUGCCAGUCCACGCCCUGUGUGGCGUCGCAAACUGCUCCCACUCAGAGUAUGUUGACGUUAGUCAAAGUCAAGGAUGAUGACAUUAUCAUCGCACCCAAGUCAGCACAAGCACAGGAAACUAGCGGCCGGGUGUUCUUUGGCAGCAACACCCGAUGUGACUCAGCACCAGCUGCUCCAGACUUGAACACAGAGUCAUCAUCAGGCCAAAUGUUCAGCAAUCAUUCUAGACUUCUGAGUACCGGUACUGACGAUGCCUUCCAUGCUGGUUCUUUGUCGGAGCUGGACGAGACCAGGAAUGGCUUCAACAGUCUUGCCGGCCGCCAUCAAUGGCAGGACAGGAGAAGUAGUGCUGACAAGGGCAAUGCCUUCCACUUCCCCAUUGAUGAAGACGAUCCAGCGGCAUCGCCGUCGUUACAACAACAGCAACAACAUAUGCACCAGCAACGUCUCAGCUUAGACGCAGAGAACGUGAGAGACGCAGGCCGCGCGUGUGUUGAUCUUCCGCCCAAGUCACCGAAAUCCAUUACAUCAUCAGUGCAAUUGCAUGACGAUAUCGUAGCGGAUGCACAUGGGACUGAUACUGCUCCGCUUGACACUAUCCCAUCUGGCCAUUCAGUUGAACCAUCACAGUCUGCCAGGGCUAUUCUUCUCACGGAGGCAACACUGGCUCUGGAUAGUUUGAACGAGCAGCUGGAUAUCUUCUGCCAGGACGCCAGUUUAGAUAGUGCGUCGAUUAGCAGUCUACCCGCUGUUGCCACUGUGCUUACUACUGCAUUGGAGGCUGGUACUCCCAUGUCCAAUGGUCCAACCACUGUGGGUGUCGCCAGUGAGGCUGAUUGUGACUUUGAGGAUGCAUUUGCAGUCCUGGACCAGCUGGAUAGAACCCUAGAUGAUCUGCUGGACUAGUGUGGCUGCUGUGUCUUUACAGCAACAGCCUUGCUGCUGAGCCUUGUUAACCAUGCUGGUGUGCAGUUGCUUGGCUCACCAUAUUGUAGAGCCUAAUACUGCUAGAAUGUACUGUACACCACCGCAGCUCUUCUAACCCUUGUGCUCGGUAAAGAGUGUGUUUUUUACCCCUGUGAAUCUUUCUGUAAGCAUGUGUCUAGGUGGGGUGGGACUGUGUAUGCAACUGUUUGUCUCCCAUCCUCCUCAUCAUAAUACUUCGGCAGUGAUACUUUCUCACCAGCUGUGCUUUUUGCAGCUACCUGUCCUCAUGCUUCAUACGGAAUACCUGAGCCCCCGCCCAAUACUUGAACUGCCACGCUCUUGAAAAUACGAUGCUCUUUGUCUUUUACAAAUUAGUAAAUUUAGGCACGCUAUAUCUCAUGUCGCAUACUACUAGUUAAUUAAUACUUUCGCAGUUUUUUUCCUCAGUAUACACAGCUCAGUACGAUGUUGCCUGGCCUGUAACACUGAGCUCAAUCUAGCAACAGCUCCC